AGACGGAGAGAGAGAGAGAGAGAGAGAGAAAGAGCGAGAGAGCGAGAGAGCGAGAGAGAGAUCUCAAAUCAGUCGUCUCUUCCUCGUUCACCUUUGAAACACAUCACUGCAGUGCUGGGGUGUUGCAGCCUCGCUGACGCGCGCAUCAGAAUAACUCGAUGCACCAUUGCACCUGUUCUCGAGGUUGCACAUCACAGGAAGUUGAUGUGCAAAACCGACACGUACAUCGAGCUUCCGAUGUAGCAUAAAUUACGACGAUUUGAUUAGAAUUACGCUAGGGGAAAAACACAGCGGAAGAGACCAGACAGCUGUCAUACAUCGCUUUGUUGUCGGAAUUCAGUGGAGGGUGCAGCACUAAAGGCUUGGAGCUUGUGGCCAGCACUAAACACAGAGCCAUGAUGAAGUGUACCUGACUAAAUGAACCAGACCAGGUUUCGCUUGGAACAUCGGUCAAUCCACAGGCCUCUAUCAUUAAUAAUGAGAGCAGUCUUGUAUGAUAGAACUCAAUAUGGCUAAGAAGAUAUUCAGAUCCUGUCUUGAGCCUGUAUGCCUAUUUUUUUAUUCAAAAGGUUUCAUUUAGUCAAUCUGAAUAUUUUGGUGGAUGAGUAACCCUCUGAUAGAGCAUGUUUCUCUUCGUGGCUAAAACAGAAACAUUUUUGUUGGUCACUUGAGUUCCCCAAAAUCUCUAGAUUAGUGUUUUUACAGAAAUUAAGUAAUCUGGUUGAGAGACAUAAGAAGAAGCGACAAUAGGAAACUUCCACCUCAAAACAUUGGAACAUCAUGCAGUCAGACGAUCUUUUCAUCCGUAAGUUUCGUAGGCAGAGCCCACGUCCGCACCUAGCGGCAGUAAAUUUUGACUCUAAGCAAGACUGUGGUGUUGGUGUGCGUACACGAGGCAUGACAGAAUGGCCACCCAGGAAAGAAAAAGAGGAAAUGGACAAAGAGAGUGUGAUGCUCAACACUGCUGCUGGACUGAAUAUGAAAAUAGUUGGUCGUGGACAUAUAAUGCAGCGCAGCAACAGUGAUGUCACCCUUGGGGAUUUAGAUUCAACAGAUUCAACUGGGAGAAAGAUCCGAGCAGGGGGUGACAAAAUUAGCUCAGUGGGGCAGGGGGAGUCCCUCCACAGAGAAUACGGUAGCCUCUCCUCAUUAGAAAGACAGACAAAGUCUAUGAAUCUUUGUGCAAGUGAGCAGGGAGCUCUCAGUCCCAAUGCUUUGCGCUUCAAGGAUCCAUUUGUACUGCUGGGACUUCAAGAGCCAGAUGGGUUCUUUCAAGCAAACUCCGCUCCUGCAGUAGACAGUUCCAAACCAGCCAAGCCCCCCAAACCAGAGGUGCUUGGUAAGACGGCCAAAUCAUCCCCUCUGCAGGCCUGUCAGGAUUACUUCACAGGUGGUGCUUGGGUGCGCAAUUUUGCACACUAUGAUGUGCAAAGCAUCCUGUUUGACCCCACUGAGGCUGCCACCAACCGUGACAGCAUUGGCCGCAAAAAGAACAUCACAUCUGGUGCCUCAGCUGCCUCUCAGCUCCGUCCACUCACACAAUCCACACCUUCCUCACUGUCUCAGGGCGGAGGCAGCGGUGUGGGGAGUGGGGUUAGCUCAGAUGAUGUAGAGCAGUCUUUGCUGGAUGAAGGUGAUGGCAAUGAUAAUGAUCUCCUGCUCAGCUGUCCACACUUCCGGAAUGAGAUGGGUGGAGAGGAGAGUGUAGGACUAGGCCUUACAGGGGGUGGCAGAGGCAGAUGGAGAAGUCUUCAGAGCCCUAAUGAUGCCGUGUCUGUGUUAGAGGAGCCCAGGGAAAGCCACAUCCAACAGCAGGGGAAAAGCAACUACUUCAUAGAGCAUAUGGACCUGGGGGCUCGUUACUAUCACAAGUACUUUUACAUGAAAGACCAUCAAAAUUUCUUUGGCGUGGAUGAGCGUUUGGGGCCAGUGGCUGUCAGUUUUCGCAGGGAAGAAAAAGAGGGAUCCAGUGGGUCCCAGUACAACUACAGAAUAAUUUUCAGGACCACAGAACUGAAGACAUUGCGUGGUUCUAUUCUGGAGGAGUCUGUUCCCACUGCAGCACGCCACACAACACCGCGUGGCCUUUCACCCAAGAGACUGCUAGAAUUCAUUUUGCCUGAUUUUAACCUACAUUGUCUUAGACUGGCUUCCACAUCCCCUAAAGUCCGAGAUACACUCCUCAAACUGGAUGAGCAAGGGCUAAAUUUCCAGCGUAAAAUAGGGAUUAUGUACUGCCGAGCAGGGCAGAGUACUGAAGAGGACAUGUAUAACAAUGAGAGUGCUGGCCCAGCGUUUGAUGAGUUUCUGGACCUUCUAGGCGACAGAGUGAGACUGAAAGGUUGGGAGAAAUACAGAGCUCAACUGGACACCAAAACGGACUCCACUGGUACACACUCUCUGUAUACUUGCUACAAGGAUUACGAAAUUAUGUUUCAUGUCUCUACCAUGCUUCCAUACACACCCAAUAAUACACAACAGUUACUGAGGAAGAGGCACAUAGGAAAUGAUAUAGUCACAAUAGUCUUCCAAGAACCAGGCGCCUUGCCGUUUACCCCAAAAUCCAUCCGUUCUCACUUCCAGCAUGUUUUUAUCAUCGUCCAAGUGCAUGAGCCUUGCACUGACAAUACCUACUACAGAGUUGCUGUAACCCGUUCCAAGGACAUUCCUCUCUUUGGUCCCCUCUUCCCUAAACGCGCCCACUUUCCACGUUCUCCUGCCUUCCGUGACUUUAUCCUUGCCAAAGCCAUUGAUGCAGAAAACGCAGCUGAGAAAUCGGAGAAAUUCCGCUCUAUGGCCACACGUACACGGCAAGAGUAUCUGAAAGACCUCGCAGAAAACUAUGUCACCACCACUCCCAUUGAUUCUUCCACCAAAUUCCCCCUGCUGUCCCUGGGUGGAAAACGUAAAGAAAAGUUGAAGGGCGCUAAAGGGGCAGAGCUUCAUAGCGCAGGGGCUUUAGUGUGGGCUGUCACAGCCAUUCAGGGUGGUAAGUGCAACGGACUUAGCCUGCCCUGCUUGCUGGGCGUGUCAGCAGAGUCAGUGGUGCUCAUUGAGCGGUCAACACGAAGGGUAGUUUUCAACUGCAGCUGUCGUGAUGUGAUUGGCUGGAAGGCAGUGACUGAAUCAGGAGAUCAGGGUGGACCUUCCCUGGACAUUUUCUAUGAGAGGGGUGAGGUGGUAACUGUGAAAGUGCCAGAUGUCCAGGUGGAGGAUAUUAAGGAGGUGGUCCAAAGAUUGGAGCUGGUAACAAGAGGCUGUGAGGCACGUGAAAUCACCCCCUUGCGAGACGGAGUAGGCCAGCCUGGCUUCAUGAUGAGCGAAGAAGGCUUUGUGACAGAGCUCAAGCGGUUUGGAUAUGCCGAGAGCGGGGGUCUGCAGUUGGGAGCUCGUGUAGUUCGUCUCUGUGGCCAGGUCCUCAUACAUCUAAGCCAGGAAGAGAGAAGUAGACUCCUUCGCACUGCACAAAAGGUCCACAUCACUGUCAUACCUCCAGACGAGAAUGGGAAACCACGCAGGAGUUUCUCAGAGCUCUACCAGAAAGCCAUUCAGGACGCAGCGGGCAAGUCUGGAGAGGGACAGUCAGGUGAGGCCUGGGUCCUGGAUGAGAGAGGAGAGAAUGGUGAUGAAGGGGAAAAAGAAGAGACGAAAGAGAACGAAAAUAAAAUAUCAGACAGUGAAACUGAAAUUCACAAGAAGCAGCCACUUGGAGAAGAGAUGGGAAUUCCAGGGCCCAGGGAUUCAGAAUUGUUCCUCUCUCCACCCAGCUUGCCUCUUUUGCGGGCAACAUCCCUACAGGACAGCAUACAAAGUCAGAUUCCUGAGAUCAUCCCCAUCUCUAUCACACGAAGCUGCUCACUAGAAAGACACUCCACAUGCCAGGAUAUUCUUGAAGGGCAUGUAUAUGAUAAUGUGGGGCAGAAAGGAAACAAGCACAUCUAUGAAAACCCUGGAGAGCUUAGGGAUGCAACCCCUGACCUCAUACUGGCAGUCAAACCAAAAGUGUCUCGGGAGCAGGGGGAAGAGUGUGGACCUGACCAGGAGAUUGAAGAACAACCAUCAGUAAGUGAUGAGACCCUUCGAACUGCCAGCAUGGAAAGAGCAGAAAGAAACUCCAGAGCUCUGAGCCUCCAUAACUCCAUCACCAAAAUUCUCUCAGAGACUACGGAUUCAUCUGAGGCAGAGUGGCAGUCUAUUUCUAAUCUAGCCAGUGCCUGUCAAAACAUUCUGGAAGCUCUUUCUCGAGAAGACUGGAAGGCAGGCGAUGGCACACCAGAGAGUACAACGCAGACUGAAAAUGGGCUUAAAGACAUAAAGGACAGCGACUCGCCCGGCCACCUUGAGGAGAAGGUGUCCCAGUUAGAGGACAUGUUGAAACGACUACAAGAUGACCUCCAAAAGGAGAAGGAGGACAAGGUGUUGCUGCAAGCAGAGGUGCAGAGUCUCAGGCAGAACAACCAGCGGUUGCAGGAAGAGUCCCAGAGCACUGUGGCACGUCUCAUCAAAGUCACAGAGCUACUCUGCAAUGUCAACAAGCCGUGCUAGCAGAGAAGAGUAAUCCAUGGCAGCAAGACCUACAUUCAAGUAAACAUCGGAAGACUAAUGCAAAUGUUAUGCAUCAAACCUAACAACAACAUUGGCAAGCCCUAUGAAUAAUAUGAUCAGUAUAUCUUAAUUUGUAUAUAAUUUAAACCAGAAACAUUUCUCUUUUAGCAUCUUUGUGGCACCAAAGCCCUUUAGAAUAUGUUUAGUUUAGCUGCCUAUGUAAAACAGGGGAUAGUAGGAUUUGGUUACUUUUUGUGUGCAUAGCUAAAAAAGCAACCAUUUGUUAAUUUCCAAGUUUGACUCAAGUUGCUCUGAUUGAUAGUGUACCUUUUUGUAACGAUAGUGUACCUCUCUGGUACGUACUAGUAGGGCAACAAGUUUGGGGACUAAAGGGGUACCAAACAUUAUUUUCCGUAUAACUUUUGAAAUAAUACGCAAUACAACUGGAUAAAUUACAUAGUCAGUUUCAUAUAAUUUAAAUUCAAAUGACUUGUAAAGCCAGUUUGAUUUAACUUUUUAAAGUUAAAGCUAAAGUUUUUAACUUGAAUUUUUUGUUGCAUACUAUUCAUAGGUUCACUAUUGUCACAAAUCAGUUUACUUAUGCUGUAAUUUGUUGGCUAUAGUCAUAAGUAUUGCCGAAUUUUCUGCAAGAGAAUGUGAGAUGUUUGUGAUUGUUAAUAAUGGAAAAAUUGUCUUUGAAAAUGUAACAUUGUUCUUUUGUUUCACACAUGAGGGAUGCCUGAUUUAGUGUUUAGAAGUGUUUGAGAGAUAAGCCAGAUGUGUGUUCUUUGUUUAGACACAAAUUGAGUAUUACUUACUGUAUUGCAAGAUGUCUUUUUUCUAUCUAUUGCACCACAAUGUAUAAUAAUUACUCCAAUGUGAUCCUUAAAGGUUCACUGAUAAUGACAAAAAAAUGUGAAAAAAUGUGAAAUGUGAAAAAUUUGGUACGAUAUACAGUAUAAACCUAAAACUGCAUUUUACAAACACAAGGAAAGCAAAGCAAAAUGUUAAAUAAUCUUAUUUAGCGAUACUGUAUGUUGUGUUUUUACCUUAAAAUGUUUAAUUUAAUUUUAGAGUUACUGUGAUAACUUGUUACCAGCAGAUUCUGAUGUAUUAUUAAAAUAUAAAUCUAUAUCUUUAUCACUCUCUGUAAAGAAAUGUGGAGUCAAAAUAAGUGUUACUGUAAUGUCUGUAAAUUUACAUCCAGGUGGCUUGAUGAAUUAACAGCAGCAAUGCUAUUUUAUUGCAGCAGACAGAAAGUCAAGGAGACUGAUGCAGGUUUUAUGCAAUGCAUUUUUCCGGGUGAACAUAGUAAAAUAGCUCCCUUAAAGGUUUGUCUGCUGUUCAUUCGUCUGCGAGACAGUGUUGUAGACUGUAGGAAGUUGUGAAAGCAUGUUAGUAAACAAAACAAUGUCCAUCUCUGUGUAUUCAUGAAAAUGUAGUACUGUUACUUAUAAAACAUCUAGAUGCCAUUAUAGUAGAUAUAUUUUAACUUGAAAUGUGAACAAAGACAAGACAUUAGGCCAGGACAUGUUCUUCCCUACUGGAAUAAUAACAACUUCUGAUGGCUUUUAAAUAUUAUAUUUUUCUCUGGGUUUGUGAAAGAAAUGAAAAUAAUUGGAAACUAACAGACAGAGGACUUACACAGAUGGCUACUUUGUGUUACAUGUUUCCAUCAUGUUGUCUGUAGUUUACUACUCAGUUUAUGUUAGCUAAUGCAUUUACUAAUAAUAACAAAUACAACGUUAUUGAAAAGUGUUACCAAGAUCUUUUAUUAUUAUGUGUGGGUCAGGGGUGUGGGCGCAAGUUUCGUCAUUACCAGCAAUGCUCAACAAUUCAGGUGUUUCCCAGAACCGUUGUUCCAAUACAUUUUUGCAAUGUGCUAGCUUGUGUUAUUGAAACUACAGCCCGGGACCUGUGGUUCGAAGCAUGUAGUUUUCAAUAUCAUUAAUUUGGCUGCUGCUUGGGUGUCUUCAUCUUUUCAGAGUGGUAUGUCUUAUGAAAAGUAAUAGGAAAAAGUAAUAGGACACUCUUAUGUCCUAUUACUUUUGAAGACUUCACCAUUCACUUUCAAAUAUUUGGAUAAUGUUAGUUGUGUUGCUUAAAAACUAAAAAAAAAGUGAAAGUGACCUAUUAGUCAGAUAUGGAGAUCCAUACCCGAAAUGUGACCUUAAUAUAACAGUAUUUCUACAAUACAAUAAUAAAUUUCAAAAGUUAUCUUUACUAUACACUCACACCAGUGCAGCAAGGUAACGUGUCAUAUAUGUAAUGUCAAAAAUGCAAAUGGAUCAUUCUUACAGAACCAUUGAAAAACGCUGGCAGUAAUGAUUCUAAAUAUAAAGAGUUUUAGGUAAAAACUGUAAAAACUGAACAGAGAAAAA